AUGUACAUUGAGAGAUUAGAUCCAAUGGUGAGGGAAGAGCGAUGCUUCGUUUCGUGCGUCGUGGUGACAUUAUGCCAUUGUCAUUCCACUGAUAAUGUUGGUUGUCGUCAAGAAGCACCCGUCAAAGAGGUCACACCUUCUUCUAUGAUGGAGUCAGACCCAAAUUCCUCUUUCACUAGACCCGUGAUCCCUUGUGGUAUCAAAGCUGGUCAAGGACUUACUAGUCCUCUUGUCACCAAUUUCAUGGUGGUCGAGAUGCCACAUAAUCAAAAUAUAUUCAAACGUCUUCGCAAGGAGUGUGUUGCUCUAGUUGCCAUAAAGCUUAAUGAUGUUACGAUGGCGAAUUUCUGUGAAGAUGUUGGUCUCGUUGCAAAAGCUCUUGUAAAAGGAUGGAUUUUCAGAUUCUGCUUUGUGAAGCUUUUUCAGUGCAACAAUUCUGCCACUGGGAAUCAGUGUUUGAAGUUUAUUGGCAAUGAUCACUGGCGAGACACAAAUGUCUUGGUAGAUAUGUCUACUAGGGAGAAGGAAAUGUACACAGCUUCGAGUUCGGCCGAGAUGCUUCAAGCUUUUAUAGAGUUGCAAAUAUACUCUCGAGUUCUUGAAGGGUUGCAGGCUAACGUUCAUGCCUUAGAGGAAAAAUUAAUUGAGAUUACUUUGGAGAUGGAGGCGAAGAGGGAGAAGUAUCGCCAAGAAGGGAUUGUGUUUAAUGAUGUUGAAUAUGACAUAUACAAUGAUGUUUUGUAUCAUAUAAAUGACAUUCCCGAUGAUGACAAUACAUUUGUGAUGGCUGAUCAUGACAAGGUGCAAGCUUUGGUUGUCAAUCCUUCUCCUGGAAUAAAAGUGAGAUGUCUCUAG